AUGGCCACGUUUACCAACCUCCUAAAUACGCUACAAUCUGCAUUAUCAUCCGAACUCCAACUUUUGCCUACCCUCAAUGCACAACUCGGGCGGCCAGCCGCGCUGGAAGACGAUAUCAGCUCUCUACAGGAUCAAUUGGUCCGGUGUGUUGAAGCUUGUGUUGAAGAGCGCCGCAAAGAGGUUGACAAUUGGAUGGGCAAAUGCGAAUUAGUCGAACAACAGUGCGUUAACUACACCAAGGCCCUCGGUGGCAAUAUCAAGGCGACUGGGUCGAGCCUGGGUGAGCUCCGCAAGCAACAAGUCCUACCCGUCCGCUACGAUAUGGUCUCCGAGUACCAAGAGAAACUUAGACAGCUUUAUCACACCAAACUCGAACAACUCACCUCUCUUUGCAACCGACUCAGCACAUUAACCCGCACACUUGGCGCCAGCUUCUACACCGACAUCAUUGACGAGGGGGAAUAUCGAGAUGUUUCCCCAGAGCGUUUCUCAAGAUUGGAGAAGGAACUUGUUCGUGGGAAGGCUGAAGUGACAAAACGACUUGCCCAUUUAGGAGAGACAUUCGUUCAAAUCGACUGGCUUUACACCGAACUUGGCAUGGUCGUCCCUGACCUUCCUGAUGAAGACGAGGACGAACCCGCCACGGGCUCUCGUUCUCGUAGUAGCAGUGGAAGCGACCCUUUUCAUACACCCAGCGCAACUGAUGCCAGCCGCUAUCGUCUUCUUGCUGAAUUUAUCGAGCAAAGUAACUCGCUCCCUGAAGAUUCUCCCCCGCGUCUGGAAGUCGAGCCUACUCAUGAACUAAUCACAUGGGCUAUGGAUCUCCGCGCCUCUCUGGAAGACAUGAAGCGCCGCAGAGAAACACACAUCCAAGCAAUGUACGAUCAGCUCGAAGGUCUCUGGCGAAGACUUGGUGUUGCUGAUGCCGACAUGGAUGCCUUUGUGGAGGCCCAUCGUGGCAGCACUGAUGAAACUGUUGCCGAGUACGAAGAAGAGUUAGAGCGAAUGCUUGAGCUCAAGCGGGAAAGAAUGGGAACAUUUGUGCAAAGUGCUAGAGAGGAAAUCGCCAAACUAUGGGAUGAAUUGAUGGUUGGAGAUGAAGAGCGGAAAGAUUGGUUCCCAUUCUUCGAUGACGAGCAUACCGAAGACUUAUUGACGACUCACGAGGACGAAAUCAAGCGUCUCAAAGAGGAGAAACGCGUUAAAGCACCACUGUUGGCGAGCAUCAAGCGAUAUUUCGAUAUAUGCGAGGAAGAAAAGGAACUUGCUGCAGCUGCAUCUGACCAAACGCGUCUGCUAGGACGUGGACCUCGUGACCCAGGACGUUUGCUGCGUGAAGAGAAGAUGCGAAAGCGUGUCUCCAAAGAAAAGCCUAGACUUGAACAAGACCUCCUAACAACUAUACCCGCUUGGGAACAAGACACAGGCCGCCCAUUCCUUGUUCACGGCCAAAGCAUUCUGCAGCUUCUUCUGGAGACUGUGGGUGGGGCUGAACAAGAAAACCUUGGUCCACAAGGGGCAAAACGCAAGCCAUCGCCAGCUGGUCGUGCGACCAGUGUCCCUCCACGUGCAACAACGCCAACCCAGUCUUAUGCACCAAAGACUGGUACUGUCACUCCUGCCGUUCGUCCGAUGCCUGCGACGAGCAACUCGUUACCUAACAAGCGGGCACGAACCGAAACAACCCCAAAUUAUGGUGUCAGCAAGCCUGCACCAUUGGGAACUCACAGAGGCAAUAAUGGCGUCCAACGCAGCGCAUCGCCAUCUAAGAUACCUGGUCCUCUGAGUCGUAUGCCCAUAACUAAACCUCCCAUGCUUGGACUGCCUCGACCUGCCCAAGCUCAACACCAAGCUCUAGGUCACGGGCGAGGGCCGACAGUUGGCUACAGUGGAAUCCGAAGUGCGUCAUUGUCCAUUUCGACCUCGACGUCAAGCAGUAUUUCAACUGGUCGAUAUGCAAGCGGCGGGGCGCUUGUGGCGCAGCACAGUGCAAAUACCCUCGCUGUCAAAGCUGCCAGAGCAAGACGGGAGAGUUUCAAGCCCAGAGCAAGUGUUGAUGCAGAGGCUCAACGCGAUAUCGGUUUGUCACAUGUUCGUUGGGGGCUUGAGGGUGCUGUGAAGGAAGAAGACGAGGACUACUAA